UGGCUUUAAGACGGGGUGUAAAGAAUUGAAGUGAAUUCAAUUCAUUUCAUAACACAUGAUUAGUCAUUUUUGACGUGCCUGUCCUGCGUCAUCCGAUCAACAAUUUCGCAGUGCGAAUUCGAUCUUUCCUGCUCAUUGCAUGCGUGAGUUCAGUUAUUGAGGCGUCACAAUUUGUGUUCAUAACCACAGAAAUAACCACGACUCAUUCUCAUACCCAGAGCCCUUCUUAGUUACGCGCCGUCUGUCUAAAGCAAUAUGGCGGACAAUGCCAGUUCAAGGGUGAAUAUUGACAACAUUAAAGUAAAGGUUUUGGGAGAAAAGAAAGGGAGAUACGAUUUGGAUAGUUUGCCAAGGCUAAAAUACAAAAAAAGAGAUAAACCCAAGUAUAAGAGAAGAACGAAAGCAAAAGUCGUUUUAAAUUUAUACAGUGAACUGAGUGAAGUAAACGAACCCAGCGAUUUAGAUGUUGAGACUACUGAAAAGGAAGCUAUUGUAGCAGGUUGUGAUCAAAAUAUUGACAAAAUCGUCCGUGACCACCAAAAUACCUAUGCUGAUGUUACCGACACGCUUGAGGAUAUCACUUCAAGUGAUUUAUUACACUACUCUCAACCCAUGGAUACUUCACAAGCAGUUGUUUGUCAAAUAAGUCACCAGGAUACUUAUGUUGUUGAAGUAUGUAGAUCAAAUGCUUUACUACCUGUCAAUACAAUGCUAACUGCUUUUGUACUUCAAGACUAUGAUGAGUUAUUAAGACAGUUAAAGAGUAAAGAUUUUCUUUUAAUUCGGAGAAGUUUGCACCAUUUCAUCAAUGGAACUGUGAAUUGGGUGUAUCAAUGUUCAUGUAAUCCUGCCAGGAGUAAAAUAAUAAACUCACUUCACAUCAGUAUUAAAGAACAUUACAAUCAACAACUAUUGGCUGACAAUCCAGCAUGUGUACAUUGCUUGGUGACUGAGCGUAUUUUAGACAGCCUUGAAUGUUUUAAUGGCAGUCUUCCAUUUCCUAUUGAUCCAGAAGAAAGUGACCCUUCAUCAAUGGACCAUGACUAUCUUGAACAUUACCAGUCUUACAACGUUUUCCAUUUGCCGUCAGUUGAAGUAGUUUGCGUAUAUGCUGAGCGUGAUUACGGGUUUGUUGGCAUAGAUCAUAAGGGUUUCAAGUGCUCCACAUGCAAUUAUGAUACACAUGCUUGUAGUCACAUCAAAUUUCUGGAAGAAAAACUCAGUCAGGAUGAUGUUGAUUUGCCUGACAUUGUGUAUGAAAUGUAUCACCAAGCAAAAAAGCAGCGGAAAGUUAAUUGGAAACCUUAUUGCCUAUCCGAUAAAUCCAUACAGUUCCAGCCACCAGUACACCUUCAACAGAUAUUUGGUAGUUCGUUUUACCAAUCCCUACCACAGGAAAAUGGAACAUUGCAUGUUGUCCCACGUAGUAGCGGAGUAUGUGAAAGUUGCGGUUCCUACUGGAGUUUGCAAAACCCUGUCGAAGAAAAUUGGAUAGAGAAACUUCUUCUCCUUUAUACAAUGAAUAAAGUUUAUCCGUGCACCAUAUUUUAUUCAAGAUGUUCAAAUGAUGAUUGUGAGAACAAAUUGAUGGUUGGUGGUGAAGAAAUUGGAGUCAUCAACAUGAAAAAUUAUUUGAUUGCCCACGAAGUUCUUAGAGACUAUAUGUAUCACUUCUUGUAUGCAAGUUGUAGUUUGUACGCCUAUUUUGAAGUGUGGACCUCUCGGAUGCAGGAUGCUGAUCCAUCUCUUUGUGAAUACCCAUCAUAUAACCAACUACGUUAUGCUUGGUAUUCAUAUCUGAAGUUGUUGGACAUUGAUUACUCCGAUGGGAGUUGUUGCCCAGUGUGUGGUCCUACGCCUGAAACAGUUGUGUGUGAUGCCACCACAGUUUCGUUUCGACGUAAGAUGGUACUACAAGAGAACAUUGUCAACCCAACUGCCGAAAACAUACACGAAGGAAGAUAA